AGUUGUUGAACCCUUGAUUGAAGAAUAUAUUUUGAAUAUGAUUUCCCUCCUCUGUUAGACCAGCUUUUUUAUUCAUUGUGAGACAACAAUACAAAAAAGAAACAGAAGAAAUUUAUAACAAGAGAGAGGAAAAAGCUGGUAAUGGGCCAUAACAAUGCACAUUCCACACCCACCCUUUAAUUAUUCUUUUCUUUGAUUUCAGGCUUUCCUUCUUCUUUACUACAACUCGAACCGUUGUUGUCACCAACUCUGCCUUUUUCUUUGAUCUCCCAAAAUCUUUGUUUUCAGUGUCGUCCUCCAAAAGUACCUCUUUUGACAGCUUUGUUGGUUGGUUCUAAGCUGGGUACAGAUAAUUACUAUCAGCAAUGGGUUCUGGAAACUUGUUCAAGUCAAUAAUAAAUAUAGUGAAAGAUGACAACUCAAAGAAAGUAAAGGGGUCUUCUGCUUCUGAAAAAUCCAGUGGCUUCAAAUGGAAGAAACACCAGCAAAAGGCAUCCACUAGACCAGGUCUAAUUAGCGGAAAUUCUAAUACUCUUGGCAUGCCAAUUGAGGACUUGGCAGCUACUAGGAUUCAAACUGCAUUCAGGGCCUAUAGAGCUCGAAAACAAUUACGUCGAUUGAAAGGUAUUGUAAGAUUGCAGGCUCAAACCCUAAAUAGUUCCAUCAAAAAGCAAGCUACAACAACAUUAAAUUAUCUUCACUCGUGGAGCAUCAUACAGGCUCAAAUAAGAGCUCGUCGACUCUGUAUGGUAACAGAAGGCCAUCUUAGACAGAAGAAAAUAGCAAAUCAGAUAAAGCUUGAGGCAAAGCUACAUGACAUAGAGGUAGAAUGGUCUUGCGGCCCUGAAACAAUGGAGGAAAUUCUCACAAAAAUACAUCAUAGAGAAGAAGCAGCCAUUAAGCGGGAACGAACUAUGGCAUAUGCCUUUUCCCAUCAAUGGAGGGCCCCCAAUUCUGACAAUAAUGGGAUUGGCAAUUACGAGCUUGCUAAAGCUAAUUGGGGUUGGAGCUGGGUGGAACGCUGGAUUGCUGUUCGUCCAUGGGAAAGUCGCCUCCCUGCUCAGUCUAUUACCCCUAAGAAGCCGCUGAACAGACAGAUAAACAAGGCUAGUAAAAACUCGAGUUCACCGAAACCAAAACCGAAACCCCAUUUUUCUAAUGAGAAGGAAACCAUGAAGAUGAAGCCUAGGAGGCUGUCUUACCCUGGUGCUGAGAAACCAGCUGCACGUCAACAAAGCACCAAGGCUGAAGAAGAGAACAAUAAAAAGGGAGAGAGAGUGGUUUAGCAGAGCAUCCAUUUGGUUUUCAAGAAUUCAUGCUGUCAAUAAACUUAUGGGCAAUAUAAGCGUGCAAAAUCCUAUUUUCUUUUACUUAAGUAUUUAUAUUUUAUACUACCUUGGUUUUGUUUCUAGCUUUUUGUAUAUGGUGAGAAGUUGAUGUCUUGCAAAAUUAUCGAACCGCUUGGUUUCGGGAGCAGAACAGAAAUGGUGAUUCUUUACUAUGUUUAUCUUAUAUAUAUAAUAAUGAAGUGUCAGAUUUUCUUUUUGGUACUGUAAAA